CCAAAAGCUCAAAUGCCUUUCUCUCUCUCUCGCGAAUAUCACUAGUUCUGUCUUUUGUUUCCCAAACCCCAAUCCAUGAAAAUGGAGAAAUCCUUCACUCUAGUUCAGACAGUUGUCACUGCAACAGUCUUCUCUGCGGUUUCCGGCUGGUACGGGUUCAUGUUCGGGAGAGAGUCUGCUCGCAAAGAGCUGGGCAGCUUGAUCGACGAUCUUCGCCGUCAAAAUCCCAACUCCGAUCCACCACCACCACCUCAUGCUUGAAUUCACUGGGGUACUUUUACUGUCACUCCCGAAAGUUUUUUUUUUUUUUUGGUUGUUGUUUCGGUAUUAACAAUUUUAAUUGGGUAUGCUGAAUUGGGUUUGAUUUGUAUGUCCUUUAGUUUUGAAGUAAUGAGUGAUGAUUACUAGUAACUGAUCUUGGAAAAUGUCAUGAAUUUUUUCAGUGUUCUGAUUUGGUGCCUUAAAAUUGUAAUUGAUUUUGGAGUGAGGGAGAGAAUGGAAUGCCAAAUUAAGAAAGAAAAAAAACACAAAAGAAGCUAAAGUAUAUGAUACGAAAAACCUGUUUGACCAAUGGGUUUAUAGGUUCUCUGUUUUUGUUUUGCCUGUUUUGCACUUUUUACGAACCAAACGUUUGUGAUGACUGAAACCCAAAAGAAAGGAUGUUUAUAAUAUUCCUGUCAAGAUAGAAUGCCAACAGUUUGGUUUGUAGCAAUGCUGAUGGAAUGCCAACACAUAAGGACUUCAGUAUAAUCUUUACACAAAAAAUAAAGGACUUUAGUAUAAUUCCAGUGCUGCAACACAAAUUUAAAUCAGCUAUAGGUUACUCAUCAAGAUUGUUACCUGCUGUAAACCCAUCGACAUGCUUCAUCUACUUCCCUUAUUGGUGAAAUUUGAUGAUUUACAUGAUGAUCGUGAAUUGGAACCAUAUGUUCGUAUAGCUGAUAAAGAUCAGUAUAGCUGCUUUGAUGUAUUUAUCACCAGCUACACAUUUAAGUUCUGAUAGUGAAGCCUAUAUAAUAUGAGUGAAAAAAUGACUUUCUAUACACAAUUUGUACACGUUUUUCAAGCUACCGUCUGAAAAAAAGAAAAAAGAAAAAGGGUUUUCAAGCAUAUAUCAUGCCACCAAACCAUUUGUCUCUUCAAAUGUUAUAAAUAGGGAAAUGGGCAUCAAAACCACAAUUCACCAAACCUACCAGUUUAGUUUUUGCAAAACUUCUCUUCAGUCUUGAGCAAAAUGGCCACAGCAACAAAGCUACUGCUAACAGACCUCAUGUCUGUUGUGAACCAUGUCCCCUCAAACUACAUUAGGCCCAUCUCUGACCGUCCAAAUCUCUCUGAUGUUCAGAUAUCAGAUGCCUCCUCCAUUCCUCUCAUUGAUCUCAAGGAUCUCCAUGGCCACAACCACUCUAAUAUUACCAAACAGAUUGGCCUAGCUUGCCAAACUGAUGGUUUCUUUCAGGUGAAAAAUCAUGGGGUGCCAGAGGAAAUGAUCAAAGACAUGUUAAGUAUAGCAAGUGAGUUUUUCAAUUUGCCAGAAAGUGAGAGGUUGAAGAUGUACUCAGAUGACCCUUCAAAGACCACAAGGCUUUCCACUAGUUUCAAUGUCAGGACUGAAAAACUUUCCAACUGGAGGGACUUUCUGAGACUCCAUUGCUACCCUCUUGAAGACUAUGUCCAAGAAUGGCCUAACAAUCCCCCAUCAUUCAGGGAGCAAGUGGGUGAGUAUUGCACAAGUGUGAGAGGGCUCGUGCUGAUAUUACUUGGGGCCAUAUCAGAAAGCUUGGGCUUAGAAAAGAACUAUAUUGUUGAGGCAUUAGGAAAGCAAGGCCAGCAUAUGGCUUUGAAUUACUAUCCACCCUGUCCAGAACCAGAGCUUACAUAUGGAUUGCCUGGACAUACAGAUUGUAACCUAAUCACCAUCCUUCUCCAAGAUGAUGUGCCUGGAUUGCAGGUCCUUAGAAAUGGCAAGUGGGUUGCUGUCAACCCCAUUCCCAACACUUUUAUUGUCAAUAUUGGUGACAUGAUGCAGGUAAUUGGCAAUGGUAAGUACAGAAGUGUGUUGCACAGAGCUGUGGUUAACUGCAACUCAGAGAGAAUAUCAAUUCCAACCUUCUACUGUCCAUCACCUGAUGCAGUGAUUGGGCCAGCCAAGGACCUGAUCAGCCAUGAUCAACCAGCCAUGUACAGGAACUUCACAUAUGCAGAAUACUUUGAGAAAUUCUGGAACAGAGGACUUGCAACUUCGUGCUGCUUAGACUUGUUCAAACCCAAUUUAUGAUCAUUGAUCAUGUAUGCGAAUUGUGCAAUUUUAUAUUAGCUUUGUGCAACUACCCAAAAUACCCUCAAUAAAAUUUUGCCCUUUUUUUGGGUUAAUGACGGUUUAGUACUAUGUGAUUACAGUGGUAAGGCCUGUUAGUCUAUGUCCUCUCAAUUUUUCUGCCAAA